CUUCUGAAAUAACGAGAGCUUUUAUUGAAUUUUGUCCAUCUGUUCGGCAUAAAGCGAAACAGAUUGAAUGUUUGGAACAUUUUUUAGCAGGGAGAGACAUAAUUGCUAACCUUCCUGUAGGUUAUGAAAAAAGUUUGGUGUAUCAGAUAAUUCCAAAGUUGUUGUCAAUUGUGAAAAAAGAUGAACCGCAAGCGACGAUAUUAGUCAUCUCUCCAUUAGUCAUCUCUCCAUUAACAAUCAUUCAAAAUGAGCAGAUUGAAACUCUGAAAAAGUAUGAUGUAAAGGCCUGUAGGCUUUCUAACCAUGAAUGUGAUGGAGUAGUAGAGCUUAUGGAGAAAGAUAUGAUCCAGAAUAUUGCAGAAGGGGAAUUCGCAAUUUUGUUUGCUCUACCUGAAGCACUUCUUAACACAGUCAGUGGAAAAGACUUGCUGAGCAAAAGACAAUUCAUUGAUCAUGUAAAAGGGGUAGUGAUAGAUGAAUGUCACAUUGUAAAAGAAUGGGGAGAGGAAUUCAGGACAGCCUUUCAAAAGCUGAAGACUCUUCCUGCGGUGUUUAAUGAUGUCCCAUUUAUGGCAUUAAGUGGGACAUUACCAACCAGUCUGAUGAAGGAGCUGCCAAACAUAUUGGGUCUCAACAACCCUGUGACAGUCCAAGAAAGCCCUGACCGUACGAAUAUAUUUCUGAAAAAACUUCACAAGUCGAAAAUUGGUGACACUAAUGAAAUUUAUGAAUCAAUUUUCAAAACAGAAUGUGAUGACCUUAAGAAAGACCCCUACAAUUAUCCUGUUACAAUGCUUUUCAUGCCUGUGUGCUAUAUAAGCCAGGCAGCAGCAUAUCUUAAGCAUUUGUUUGGAGAUGGUGAUAUUACAACGUCUUGCUAUGCAGUGUUGUUUUCCAGACAAGACAAAGUUGUUCUUAAAACAACAGUAGAGGAGCUACAAAUGGAAUAUCCCCGAAUAAGACUGAUUUUAACAUCAUCAGUUGCUGGCAUGGGGUUUGAUCCCCCAAGUGUGAUGAGGAUCAUUCAUGCAAGACCACCUCGUACCUUGUCCCAGUACCUCCAGGAGAUAGGGAGAGCAGGUCGAAGGGGACAAAACAGUUCUGCAAUUCUUCAUUACAACAAAAGAGACAUUGCCAAAAAUAUUCCUGGAAUUCAAGAAGACAUAGUGCAGUAUUGCAAUAAUGAGGAAACAUGCCUAAGGGAAUUGUUGUUAAAACCAUUUGGAUUAUCAAAAUCUCCAGGAAUUGCAAAUGAAAAUUGUUGCUCAUUUUGCCUGAAUGAAGACAUUUCAAAAUUAGACAAAGCUGGAGCAUUUGAUAACAAUGUUUGAAUUGUAAUAACAAUUUCAUUUUUUAUGUGCCCGAUACAACAGGUUGGUGUUUGGUUUGAAAUUUGACAGGUCAUUUCAGAGUUAAUAAUGUGUGCUAUAUUUUUUAAAUCCAUUUUUAAACCAUCAAAUACACACACAAGACAAAUCAA